GCUGCUAAUACAAGCAGGAAUUUAUAAAGGCCACCGUAAAGGAUUGUGGGAAAUUUUUCGCGCCAAAUCAAUUUUAUGUCCAAAGUUUGUAUCUUCGCGCGACCCGAAACUUGUGACGGUUCUGAAAGACAAGAUGAAGGUUGUGACCCCAGAAAUCUCUUGGCAUGAACGUGACCCUGUUUACUCAGUUGAUUUCCAGCCAGGGAAUCACGCAAUCCAACGUUUGGCCACUGCUGGAGUGGAUAAAUUUGUCAGGAUUUGGCAAGUGAAGGUUGACAAUUCUUCAAAGGUCGCCAUAGAAUUCUUAUCUAAUCUUAAAAGACACACAAAAUCGGUGAAUGUUGUUCGUUUUUCCCCAGAUGGUGAAUUGAUGGCUUCAGGUGGAGAUGAUGCUUUCGUCAUUAUAUGGAAGAUGGGUGAUACCCUUUCUGCAAAUGUUGGAAACAUAUUUCAGGAAGAAGAAGAAGACAAUAAGGAGACUUGGCUUCUACAUAAGGUUUUGAGGGGUCAUCUUGAAGAUAUCUACGAUUUGUGUUGGUCAGCUGACAGCCGUUUCAUUGUGUCAGGGUCUGUCGAUAACAGUGCCAUUAUAUGGGAUGUAACAAAAGAUCAAAAAGUUUGUAUAUUUAAAGAACAUAAAAGUUUUGUCCAAGGAGUGAGUUGGGAUCCCCUGAAUGAAUUUAUUGCUACAAUGAGUACAGAUAGGUCUUGUCGUGUAUUCAGUGUUGCGAAACAAUGCCUCGUCCAUGAUAUUUACAAGAUGAAUUCACUGUCACAGUCUAAUGAUUCCGACGCUAAAUGUAAAUCCAGUCGCAUAUUUCACGAUGACACAAUGAGGUCAUUUUUCAGACGGUUGACCUUCAGUCCUGACGGGGAAUUGUUAAUCAUGCCAGCUGGUUGUGUGGAACUGGAGACCAAAGUUAUCAAUGCUACAUUUAUUUGUUCCCGAUAUAAACUCAACAAGCCAGCUGUAUAUCUUCCAACUGGAUCGAAAGUUACUAUUGCUGUCAGAUGUUCACCUAUCUACUACAAAUUAAGAAAAAUACCACAUCAAGAUUUAGGAACAACAGUUAUAGAAGAAUGUAAUCUUAAAGAAUGGGAAAAAUACCAAACUACAUUCUGCCUCCCUUACCGCAUGGUGUUUGCUGUGGCCACAGAAGACUCAGUUUUGAUAUACGACACCCAACAGUCUUCUCCUUUUGCUUUGGUCAAAAACAUCCAUUAUCACCAACUCAGUGACUUGACUUGGUCAAGUGAUGGUAAUAUCCUGGUGGUGUCCUCAACAGAUGGUUUCUGUUCAAUUGUCACUUUUGAGAAAGGUGAGAUUGGAGAGCCCUACACACCAGUGACUCAUGUAUGCUCCUCCUCCACUUCCUCGCCUCUUGUCAACGGAGGGGACACUACAGAAGCGAAAGACCAACAAGACACCUCCCACAACACAACUCCUGUCACUCCAGCAUCAACUGAUUCCAGCUCACCCAUGGAGGUGGACGAGAAACAAACUGAUGCCCUCCUCAAUGAAGAUGCCUGUCAUUUGAAUAAUGGAUUCUCUUCGCCUAAAUCUGUUCCCUCAACUGAAAAAUUGAAAACCAAGAAUCAAUCAUUGAUUCCUCCAAGUGAAAUUGAUACAUGUAGUACAGACUUCAGCUUGAUUUUAGAAACCUCGUGUGAUGCUUCAUAUAAAACCAACACCACUAAUUCUACAGCACUGGCCAAAUCUAAGACCAAUGGUUCCUCCACUACUGAUGCUUCCAUCAAAUCUAGCUCAAAUGUAACUUCAAGAUCUCCGAACAUGGAAGUAAUACCAAACAGGGAAAACGGUAAACUAAAGAAGCAGGAAGAAACUACAUUGAUGAGUUUAGGGUCUCCUUCUAACCAAGCUGACACUUCUAAUUUUAUGUCUUCUCAAAGUAACUCUUCUUCAACUACAGACUCUAGUCCUGCUGCAAGUAAACUGCCAAAUUUCAUUGGUUCCCCGAACCAGGUUGAGAAGCCUAAAAGACGCAUCCAGUUUACUACAUUGUCUCUUCUGAAUCCAAAGUAAAUUCUGUUGACUUCCAACUUAUUCUUCUGUGUAUAGUAAUAAUAAUAAUAAUAAUAAUAAUAAUAAUAAGGAUUUCUUUUGUUUGCCACCAGAGUGAAGGAUGAGGUGGUGGGGCAUAAAGUGUGGAGAUUUACAUACAGUGAAAUCAUCAACAUAAUAAAAAUAAUUAAAAAAAUUCUAAAUUUUGA